AACGGUUAAAUUCAGUAAGCUUUUAAUGUAUUUUAUUAAUUGAGGGGAAUUAAUCGCAACACUUGGAAUUGGCCAAGUGGCCUACUUUAUAUUCAUCGAUUUGCUAGCAUUUAAAAUUACAUAUAAAGCUUCAAACGUUGAUAAAAUGUUUUGUCACUUCCGUUAAUAAAUUCCUUUGCUUUUCUGUUAAAUGGGCUAAUCCACCAGUUGGCUGAGGACGGUGUGCCUGAAUUUUCCCCAGACCGCACGUAGGUAACGCCGCUUCCCUUCUGAUGUAAAGCAGAUUUAAGCGGCUGCUUCGGUCGUAGACCAUUCAGAGCAACUUCCACCGGAGAGAAAACCCGCUGUAGCAACACGGGGAGAAAAACCGAGAGGGGGAAAAAAGACAAGAUCUGACAACAUGGCGCACUUUUUCUGGGAAAAGUUUGCCUAGAAAUCUUAUCCAACGGUUUUCUCUGAAGUAAAACUUGAGAGGUUUGGUUUGCCAGCUUUUGCACGCAGCGGGAGAUCAUAAGAGCGAGCUGAAAAGUUUUCGGGAAGGACACCGAGCUCGUCUUUUUUUUAAAUCUGUGUGGAGAGUAUCAUGGGAUGAAAGCCCGUUGGCGUGACUGGACAUCAAAGCACAAGGAAACAGAAUGGAAAAGCAAGGCAGGAGGAGAGAAAAGUGUUCGGGCCUGGUCCCGCGGGCUCCGGGCAUGGCUGCCGGUGUGGAGCCGGGCGUGGCAGCGGGCGGGGCCAGUGGGCGGAGCCUGAGCAAAGCGGACUUCCUGGAGAAGGUUCGGCGGAGCAACGAGGCGUGCCAGCGGGGGGACUUCGCGGCGGCCGUGCGCCUGUACAGCGACGCCCUGCUGGCCGACCCGCAGAACUGCAUCCUGUACAGCAACCGCUCGGGCGCCUACCUCAGACUGGGCCAGCACCAGCCUGCGCUGGACGAUGCCGUCCGGGCCCGUCUGCUCAACUCCCGGUGGCCCAAGGCGUACUUCCGACAGGGUGUUGCCCUUCAGUACCUGGGGCGGCAUGCCGACGCGCUGGCCGCCUUCGCCUCCGGCCUCGCCCAGGACCCCAAGAGCCUGCAGCUGCUGGUGGGCAUGGUGGAGGCCGCCAUGAAGUCGCCGCUACGAGGCAUCAUCCACCAGAUGAAGGGGGACUACGAGACCGCGCUGAAGCUGCACAAGGCGCACCUCUCCAUCGCCCAGGAGCUGAGCGACUACGCCGCGCAGGGCCGGGCCUACGGCAACAUGGGCAACGCCCACAACGCGCUGGGCGCCUUCGACCAGGCCGUGCGCUACCACCGCCAGGAGCUGCAGAUCAGCAUGGAGGUCAACGACCGCGCCUCGCAGGCCUCCACCCACGGCAACCUGGCCGUGGCCUACCAGGCGCUGGGCGCCCACGACCGCGCCCUCCAGCACUACCAGAACCACCUGGCCAUCGCCCGCGAGCUGCGGGACGUCCAGAGCGAGGCGCGGGCGCUGGGGAACCUGGGAAACUUCCACUGCUCGCGGGGCGAGUUCCCGCAGGCCGUGCCCUACUACGAGCAGUACCUGCGCCUGUCCCCCGACCUCCAGGACAUGGAGAGCGAGGGCAAAGUGUGCCACAACCUGGGCUACGCCCACUACUGCCUGGGCGGCUACCAGGAGGCGGUCCGGUACUACGAGCAGGACCUGGCGCUGGCCAAGGACCUGCACGACAAGCUGAGCCAGGCCAAGGCCUACUGCAACCUGGGCCUGGCCUUCAAGGCACUGGGCAACUUCGGCAAGGCCGAGGAGUGCCAGAAGUACCUCCUGUCCCUGGCCCAGUCGCUCGGCAACCAGCAGGCCCGCUUCCGGGCCCUGGGCAACCUGGGCGACAUCUUCGUCUGCAAGAAGGACGUGGGCGGGGCCAUCCAGUUCUACGAGCAGCAGCUGGCGCUGGCGCACCAGGUGAAGGAGCGCAAGAUGGAGGCGUGCGCGUACGCCGCCCUGGGUGCGGCCUACCGGCUGACUCAGAAGUACGACAAGGCCCUGGGCUACCACACCCAGGAGCUGGAGGUGUACCAGGAGCUGGGCGAGGUCCGGGGCGAGUGCCAGGCCCACGGGCACCUGGCGGCGGUCUACAUGGCGCUGGGGAAGUACACCAUGGCCUUCAAGUGCUACGAGGAGCAACUCGAGCUGGGCCGGCGGCUGCGGGACCCCGGGGUGGAGGCGCAGGUCUACGGCAACAUGGGCAUCACCAAGAUGAACGUGAACGCCAUGGAGGACGCCAUCGGCUACCUGGAGCAGCAGCUGGCCACGCUGCAGCAGCUGAGCGGGAACGAGGCCGCGCUGGACCGGGGGCGGGCCUACGGUAACCUGGGCGACUGCUACGAGGCGCUGGGCGACUACGAGGAGGCGGUGAAGUACUACGAGCGCUACCUGACCGCGGCGCAGAGCCUGGGCCGCCCGCAGGACCAGGAGAGGGCCUACCGUGGCCUGGGGAGCGCGCACAGGGCGAUGGGCAGCCUGCAGCAGUCGCUGGUGUGCUUCGAGAAGCGGCUGGUGGUGGCGCACGAGCUGGGGGAGAGCGCCACCAAGGCGCAGGCGUACGGCGAGCUGGGCAGCCUGCACAGCCAGCUGGGAAACUGCGAGCAGGCCAUCUCCUGUCUGGAGCGGCAGCUGGGCAUGGCCCGGGAGACGGCCGACCGCCCGCUGGAGGGCGACGCCAACUGCGGCCUGGGCGCGGUGUACCAGCUGAUGGGCGAGUACGAGACGGCGCUGCAGUGCCACGCCCGCGACCUGGAGAUCGCCGAGGAGACGGGCAGCGCCGGCUGCCAGGGCCGCGCCUACGGCAACCUGGGCCUCACCUACGAGUCGCUGGGCAACUUCGAGCGGGCCGUGGUGUACCAGGAGCAGCACCUGAGCAUCGCCGCGGAGACCAGCGACCUGGCCGCCAAGACGCUGGCCUACAGCAGCCUGGGCCGCACCCAUCACGCGCUGCAGAACUACGCGCAGGCCGUCAUGUACCUGCAGGAGGGACUGCGCCUCGCGGAACAGCUGGGCCGCCGCGAAGACGAAGCCAAGAUCCGCCACCGCCUGGGCCUGUCGCUGUGGGCCAGCGGGAACCUGGAGGAGGCCCAGCACCAGCUGUACCGGGCGUCGGUGUUGUUUGAGACGAUUCGGCACGAGGCCCAGCACAGCACAGACUACAAGCUGUCCCUGUUCGACCUGCAGACCUCCUCCUACCAGGCCCUCCAGAGAGUCCUCGUGAGCCUGGGUCACCAUGACGAGGCGCUGGCCGUGGCAGAGCGGGGUCGAACCCGGGCCUUUGCGGACCUGCUGGUGGAGCGGCAGACGGGCCAGCAGGACUCGGACCCGUACACGCCGGUGACGGUGGAGCGCGUGCUGGACACGGUCAACGGGCAGCGGGCGCUGGUGCUCUACUUCUCCCUGGCCGCCGGGUACCUGUACAGCUGGCUGUUCGCACCUGCAGCAGGUAUACUGAAGUUCCACGAGGUGUACCUGGGAGAGGGCAUGUCGGAGGGCGGGGCUGAGUUCCAGGAGGGAAGCGGGGUGGGGCUGCAGGGCGGAGGGGGGUGUGGAUCCUCCCUGGAACAGCACAUUGCCAAUGCCAGGGAGGCCCUGGGCGUGGACUCUUACUACAGCAGGGGUUGCUCUAGCAGUGAGACAGAGAGUGAAGCUGGUGAUCUUUUGGAUCAGCAGUUUGAGGAGCUGAACAACAAGCUGAACUCAGUGACCGACCCCACAGGCUUCCUCCGCAUGGUCUCCAGGAACAACCUGUUCAACAGGAGCUGUCAGAGUAUGACCAGCCUGUUCAGUAACAGCAUGUCCCCUGCAAAGGACAGCAGCUCCUCCCUGCCCCCCCGGGGCAACAGUCAGAGCAAACCCCCCCUGCGUGCCCUCUAUGACCUGCUCAUCGCACCCAUGGAGGGGGGUCUAAUGCACUCCAGCGGGCCUGUGGGUCGGCACCGGCAGCUGGUUCUGGUUCUGGAGGGGGAGCUGUACCUGAUACCCUGGGCCCUGCUGAAGGGCAGCUCCUCCAAUGAGUACCUGUAUGAGCGCUUCAGCCUCAUUGCCGUGCCCUCCAUCGGAGCCCUGGCAGCCAGCGCCAAGGCGCACCCUCGGCGGGCGGGGCCGGUGCUGUGCGGGGGCGGGUCCACGGCGGCGGUGGUGGGUAACCCGCGGUUACCGGCCUCGGUGAUGGACCGCUGGCUGUGGGGGCCCAUGCCCUCGGCCCAGGAGGAGGCGCUGAUGGUGUCCGAGCUGCUGGGCUGCCCGGCGCUGGCGGGCGCGGCCGCCACCAAGGAGCGGGUGAUGGGCGCCCUCACCCAGGCCGAGUGCGCCCACUUCGCCACCCACAUCUCCUGGAAGCUCGCCGCCCUGGUGCUCACGCCCAAUCAGGACGGGCCUCCCGGAGGGGCGGGGCCUGGAGGGGGAGGGGCGGGGCCUGGGGGCGGGGGCGGGGCCGGAGGAGGAGGAGGAGGAGGAGGAGGGGGAGGAGGGAAGGCCUACACCAUCCCGGAGAGCCUGCGGGGGCUGGACGAGGGCAGCGACGUGGAGAGCAUCUGCGACAGCCCCCCCCUGCAGGAGUUCCUCCUCACCGCCGCCGACAUCCUGGACCUGCGGCUGCCCGUCAAACUGGUGGUGCUCGGCUCGUACCAGGAGUCCAACAGCAAGGUGACGGCGGACGGGGUGGUGGGGCUGACGCGGGCCUUCCUGGCGGCGGGGGCGCAGUGCGUGCUCGUGUCCCUGUGGCCCGUCCCGGUCGCCGCCUCCAAGGUGUUCGUCCACGCCUUCUACUCCGCCCUGCUGAGCGGGACCAAGGCCAGCGCCGCCCUCGCCGACGCCAUGAAGACCGUGCAGAGCAGCAAGCAGUUCUCCCACCCCUCCAACUGGGCCGGCUUCAUGCUGAUUGGCAGUGACGUGAAGCUGAACAGCCCCUCGUCGCUGAUUGGCCAGGCCCUUGCGGAGAUUCUGCAGUACCCAGAGAAGGCUCGGGAUGCCCUGAGGGUCCUGCUACACCUGGUGGAGAAGUCCCUGCAGCGGAUCCAGGGGGGCCAGCGUAACUCCAUGUACACGUCCCAGCAGAGCGUGGAGAACAAGGUGGGCGGAGUCCCGGGCUGGCAGGCGCUGCUGACCGCCGUGGGCUUCCGGCUGGAUUCGGCGGGAACCGGCCUCCCCGCCGCCGUCUUCUUCCCCACCGCCGACCCCGGGGACCGGCUGCAGCAGUGCAGCACCACCCUGCAGGCCCUGCUCGGCCUGCCCCCCCCUGCCCUGCAGGCCUUGUGCAAACUCAUCGCCGCCUCGGAGACGGGCGAGCAGCUCAUCAACAGGGCUGUUAAAAAUAUGGUGGGAUUGCUCCACCAGGUGUUGGUGCAGCUGCAGACAGGUGAGAAGGAGCAGGACUUCUCUCUGGCUCCCAUCCAGGUGUCCAUCAGCGUGCAGCUCUGGAGACAGCCCGGCUGCCACGAGUUCCUGGCUGCGCUGGGGUUCGACCUGUGCGAGGUGGGCCAGGAGGAGGUGGUGCUGAAGACGGGCAAGCAGGCCAGCCGCCGGACCGUACACUUCGCCCUGCAGUCCCUGCUGGCUCUCUUCGACUCCACAGAGCUGCCCAAACGGCUCAGCCUCGAUAGCUCCUCCUCCCUGGAGUCCCUGGCGUCGGCCCAGUCUGUGUCCAAUCAGCUGCCGCUGGGCUACCCGGCCCCGCCCUUCUCCCCGCCCUGCCCGGACGGCCUGGCGUCGGACGCCGUCUCCGUGUACAGCCUCAGCUCCGUGGCCUCGUCCAUGAGCUUCGCCUCCAAGUCCGAGAGCGCCAGCGACUUCCUGGCCCAGCGGCAGCGGGGCGGGGCCGGCCCCUUCUGCUCCGCCUCCCGCCGGCAGCCGGGCGCGGCCCGCGGGCGUGGCUCCCCGCACGGACCGGCGGGGGGCGGGGCCGGGAGGGAGGAUGAGGAGUACGAGGGCUUCUCCAUCAUCAGCAGCGAGCCGCUGGGCAACCAGUGCGACUCCCUGCCCCUCCCCCCGGGGCACGGGCAGCGACAUCACUCCCGGGGGGGCGGGGCCUCGGCCAGGGGGCGGGGCUACGGGGCCUCGGUCUCCAGCCGGGGCAGCGUCAGCACGCCCACCUCCCCGGUGAAGGGCAGCCUGGUGCCCAGCGCCAACUCGCCCUUCCAGAAGGUGGCCGGCAAGGUGAGCAGCUCGGACACGGGCGAGUCGGACCAGUCCAGCACCGAGACGGACAGCACCGUCAAAUCUCAGGAGGACCAGGCCGCUCCGGCGCCGCUGGACCCGCAGGAGCUGGCGCAGAAGAUCCUGGAGGAGACCCAGAGCCACCUGCGGGCGGUGGAGAGCCUGCAGAGGGGCGGGGCCAGCGGCGCCACGGCGACGGGGGGCGGGGCCUCCACCCCCACGGGAGGCUCCGCCUUCCGCUCCUCGGAGACCAGCGCGUUCAGCCGACCCAACAGCAGCGCCAGCCUGAGGGCGCAGCCGUCGCCCCUCCCAACCCCGCCGAAACCGCCGUCCCGCUCCUCCUCCCUGCAGAAGAUCAGCUCGGGCUACAACAGCCCCGCCACCUCCGACACCUCCCUCAAAGAGGGGGGCCACCCCUCCCCGACCCCCACCCUGGACAGCCUCGCCCAGGUCAAGCUCAAGUACCCCAGCUCACCCUACAGCGGCCACAUCUCCCGGUCGCCUAGCAACGUCUCCCCCAGCUCGGGGCACCAGUCCCCGUCGGGCAGCGCCCCCUCCCCCGCCCUCUCCUACUCCUCCACGGGCUCCGCCCGCUCCAGCCCGGCCGACGCCCCCGACCUGGACCGCCUCAAGCGGGCCGCCAUCGACGAGAAGGUGCAGGCCAUCCACAACCUGAAGACCUUCUGGGCCAACGCCGCCGCCCAGCAGCCGCCGUCGGGCCCCCUGCGGGCCCUGCGCGGCAAGGGGGGGCCCGCCCGCCGGGACGUCCUCAGCCUGCUCAACCUGUCCCCCCGCCACAGCAAGCCCGGCCAGCCCGAGGGCAGGGGGGACCUGGGCCCCCGCAGCCCCCCCAACGGCCACCACCGCCAGCCAGACCCGCGCAGGACGGCCCCCUCCCCCACCGUCGCCCCCCCCAGCGGCGGCAGCCCCGCAGCCCGCACCAUCCGGCUCCCCGCGGGGAACGGCUACAAGUUCCUCUCCCCCGGCCGGUUCUUCCCCUCCUCGAAAUGCUGAGGCCUUCGGUGACACUCCUGCCACUCCCCUCUGGGGCUGGGCCGCUUUCCGGAGGCUCCUCCCCUCUCCCACGUGAUUGGCGGGUCCGUUCCCCUGGAAACGUUGUGAAGGGAGCCGCAGUUUUGUACUUGUUGAGAAGUUAAGACUCGAGUGUAAGAGUUCCCCAUACUGUGGACAGCCCAGGGAGGGUUGGGCCGCACCCCCCUCCCCUCCUGCCCCCCCC